AUGACACGAGUCAUUCCAAACAGAUUUGUCUUUCAUCUCGUAUUCUUCUUGCUUCUCCACACGAGACUAAUAUCAGCCCACGUCAACACAUACGCAAUUCACUUGUAUGACGAGACAAGAGGACGAGCGUACACGACAAAGGAAGCAAAUGCCAGUACACGCAGUCUAGGAUUCGAGUUUAUAGGACCUGUUGGUGACCUGGAUGGCUACUUCUUGAUUUCUGAUGCUGAUCGUGGAAGUGAUUCGACGAAUAGUGAUCGUUUACAGAGGAGGCAGGAAGCUGAAGCGGCUUUACUGGCUCAUGAGCACGUUAGGUGGUUUGAAAGCCAGAAUAUAAGGCCGCGAUAUACGCGACAUUGGAGGUAUAAUGAUCCGUUGUAUUCGUGGCAAUGGCAUCUGCAUGGAGAAAGCAUGUUUGGUGAACCGUCACAUCAAGACAUCAAUGUGGUACCUGCUUGGGACGCUGGUAUCAAUGGAACUGGCGUGACAGUUCUCGUAUUGGACGAUGGAAUAGAUUUCAACCAUCCUGAUUUGCUUCCAAACUGGCGAUCGGAUGCCAGUUACAACUUCAUGACCAAAACCAACUCCCCGCUUCCUGGUCCAGGAGAAACACACGGCACUCGAUGUGCAGGCCAAAUAGCAGCAGUAGCAAACAAUUCAGUAUGUGGAGUAGGAGUUGCUCCAGGCUGCAAAAUAUCCGGUGCACGUUUAAUCGCAACAUCAAACACGGACGCAGUCGAAGCAUCAGCAUUAACAUAUGCUUCUCAAAUCAACGAUGUGUAUUCGUCUUCAUGGGGUCCAUCAGAUGAUGGUGCUUCGAUAGAUGGACCUGGAUAUUUGACAAAGCUCGCCAUGCAGAGAGGAACGAAUCAAGGACGAGGAGGUCGUGGAAACAUAUUCGUAUUUGCUAGUGGGAAUGGAGGAUUGUAUCAAGACGAUUGUAAUUUCGAUGGGUAUGCUAAUUCGGUGUAUACGGUUGCUAUUGGUGCUAUACAAAGUAAUGGAAGAAAGCCAGAUUAUGGAGAGACGUGUUCGGCACAUCUGAUUGUCACUUAUUCGGGAGGGCUGACUAAUGGAAUCACGACAACCGACGUAGACGGCCAAUGCACAAAUCAGCAUUCAGGAACCUCUGCCGCUGCACCUCUCGUAUCAGGAAGCAUAGCGCUAAUGCUAUCCGCAAACCCAAAAUUACAUUGGCGAGACGUUCAACAAAUCCUCGUCGAUACCGCCAAAAUAACAGACCCAAACGAUUCAUCAUGGCAUGUUAACGGGGCAGGACGGAACAUUUCUCACAGCUACGGAUUUGGGAAAUUGGAUGCUUCAGCUGCCGUUUUCGCAUCCCAAAACUGGACUUCGUUACCCAUUCCUCAGAUGACGAGCACUCGUACAGCAUACCCGAAUCGAGUCAUAUAUGCUGGAGAUACAUUGAAUGAUUUCAUUGAUUUCACUAGAAGUGAUGUUAGAAGUUCUGGGAUUUCGAGUUUGGAGCAUGUUGAAGUUACAAUUCGUAUGAAGGCUCCUAUACGAGGCAAAGUAACCAUUUCGUUGACAUCGCCAUCCAAGACGGUUUCUGUUUUGGCACCGCCACGACCUGGAGAUAUAUCUUCAGACGGAUAUGAUUCAUGGACAUUUAGCACAGUACAUUGUUGGGGAGAGUCACCACUUGGAUCGUGGCAGUUAACAGUCACUGAUACACGAGAUGUCGGCAACGACAACACUGGACUCCUUGUCAGUUGGGAAUUAGCCAUACGUGGCCGAUGUGCAGAUUCAGAUACAACGUUAAUGGAAUCAGGAUACCGCAAGUGCAAUAUCGCAAUCUCUCAAGAUGCUGGUCACGCACAGUUCUUAUCAAUGUCGAUCGGUACUGCCGUAUUAGUCGUACUGUUUGUAUUGCUCUGUGGUGGCAUCUACAUGUACCGCAAACAAACACCAUGGUGGAAAACCGGUGGAUUCAUCUGGCAGAACCGGUAUGAACGAAUCGAUAUCGAGAGCCCGACCAAGACGUCCCCAUUCUUCCCACUCGAAGCUCCAAUACGCAGCUACCGUGCCAGCAACAAUGAGCAAACAACCCCAUCAACAGCACCUUCAGCAAGCACAGACUAUUCAUCCACAAGCGAUGCAGAUGAUUCCCCAGACUCUAUACGGCUGCUAUCACCAGAUUCGAAAAUGCCACCAUCGCUACUCCAGUUUAUUGAGCAGUCUCAGAAUGGUGGGAUGGGAGGUGGGCUGUUACGAUCUUGGAGUCAAAGCAAUUUAUUGUCGAGACUUAAUCAUGACGAGCAAGAGUCAGCUGCAGCCAAAACGUCUCCUCCGAAACGGAAUGACGCAUCACCACAAGAGAAGCCGAAUCCGCCUCCCAAACUUUCAAUGCCACCGUCACGGCCUGGAACGCCAUCUAUGGGUCGUAUGGUGCGAGUUAUGAGUAGUGCAAAGUUCGAGUAG